GAAUAGUCCAAGAAAACAUCCUCGUCUUCAUUUGUUGAGCACGCAGUAGAAUCAUUAAAUUUAUUAGGACGAGUAAAUUUAUUUCAAUUAUCCUUGCUCCAAGGGAUAAGGCGUGCGCGUCGGAACGUAAAGUUUAUUUGUCUUUCAACUUUCCAUUCACUGUUUGUCUAUCGAAGUCGAAGGGUAUAUCUCUACUCGUACUUCUUAGUUCUUAUAGUUCUUCUUAGAUUUUAAAGCUUUGAAAUGCUAUGUCGCACAUUUAUUGUUGCUGGAUGGUUUGUCGGUUUAUGCCUGUUAAUAAUGUCUCCCGAGACAAAGUGCAUUGAUAUCGCGAAAAGUUUAACACAACUCUUAGAUAACUUCAAGGAUGCAAGUUAUCUCCCCAGAGAAAUACACUUCGGCUUAAAUUUAGCCUACAAAUUACUAUCGGGUAGUGUUGUAGUAGGAAGCUCUUUGGCAAACCCCUCUGGCGACAGCGAUCGAAGCGAGUUUUAUUGGAAAACUUUAGAGUAUUUGAAAGUUCUGAAGAGUGGCAGCCACACUCGAAAUAUUUCGGUGAACGAUGAAAUAAGUGAGCAACUAAACUUAUUCUUGGAAAGUAUUUCGGAAAAUUCUGAAGUAUGGCAACGUAAUGUUAAACACCGACAUUUGGAUAUAGUGAAGCCAAAGGACACGUUUUCGGUCUAUGAAUGGAUUGUAGACAAGGGACAUCCAACAGCUAUAGACUCAGAUAAGUGUAUGAGUCAAUUGGGAUCAACCAAAACCUGUGUAAUUAGUUCGAAAUGUGUGUCAAUGAUGAUUUCCCAGGAACCAGCAUAUGGUUACCAUAAAACACAUCAGUUAUUAUUCCUUUUUAUGACUGUAUUGAAAAGCUGCUCAAAUCUAAUCCCACACAAUCGGUCGAUAGAUGUUAUUAUUGCAGAAAAGUGUUCUGACAUUUACAAAGAGCAAAUGAUUUUAAUGGAAUAUGGUAUACCAAAUGACUACAGAGAUUUAUUUAUGGAACAAAGUUUAUUUUGUGGAAUAAUGGGAUACUCGGAGUUUUUAUCAAUGACUCUCCUGAAACCAAUACCGCGUUGGCAGUCAAGCAAUGGAUGUUUCAACUCUAAAAGCACAGAAAACAAAAAUCCAGAAUGCAGAAAUCAUAUUAAUAGCUUAGGAUUGGCUUUGUACUCAAACAUCAUUUUGCAAUUUAGUACGCAGUUAAUAUAAAUUUUAAAUUAUUAAAAAAAAAAAACUCAAAUAAAAUAAUCAUUAAAUACCUAUGUAAUAAA